AAUUUUCAAUAGAAUCUUGUAUGAGAGAAAAAAAGAAUUUGGUGUUGAAAACCUUAAGUGAACUUGACAUCGGUUCUUUAUUUUAUAUAGCACCGCUUUCCGUGUCUUUAUAUAUUUGGAACAAAUUUUAAAUCUCAUAUUAACGAAUGCAAGGAAGAAAAUGAAUUCUUCUCUACAUAUGUGGGUAUUUGAGACAACAAUUUGUCACUCAAGAUUUAUCAACAAGAAGCUAAUGAAGAAUAAUACAGAUUGGAAAAUAACAUCAAGAAAAAUGUGACACAUUAAAAGAAAGUGUAUGUAGUUCAGUGUAUAGCUUAAUGUCUUUGUGAAAUGGUUAUUUUUUAAAAAUUUAAAAGAUGGUUUAUUAAUGCGUAAUGUCUUAUAUAAACGGUUAUAUCUUGAGAACUGGAGCCAAUAGCACCAUUUAUGGUUGCUGAUUUUUAUUGAUAAGAAUAUAAUCCAUUAUAAGAAUUGACUUCAUUUGCAAAUGAACUGUGAGAGUUUUUCAUUAUAUCUGAACGUAUCUGGAGAUGGCUUUUCUAUUAUGUAUCAGGUUAAUAGACUACAGUUUGGACCACAUUUUGAAUUUAUUACCUUGUGAACUGUAGUUUAACAUAUUUAGCUCACUGAGAUCUUGUCUCAUAGACAGACACCUCAGUAUUGCAAAAUAUAAAGAGUUCCAGGAAGAAAUAUAAAUGUGUUUCAUGUGGUAAAGUUUUGAUGAUAUUAUGGAAGAAAAAUUGUCUAAAAGUCAGAUUUGUGAUGAAAUACAAUCUAAUAAUGGUCAACCACAGGUAGAUAUAGAGAAACAAUCAUACACAUGUGACAUUUGUGGAAAGACAUUCUCUGAGAAUCAUGUUUUCAUUUCUCACAAGUGUAAGCAAUCAGGUGAGAAACCAUACCUUUGUGAUAGCUGUGGUAAAAGAUUCUCAUACAGGUGUGAAUUUAUUUCACAUAUACGCAUGCACACGGGUGAAAAACCAUUCUGCUGUGACACCUGUGGUAGAACAUUUACACACAAGAGUACAUUAACGAACCAUAAACGAAUUCAUCCUGAUGAGAAACCAUUCCACUGUGAUAUUUGUGGUAAAGCAUUCUCUGAAAGUGAAACGUUAACUCGUCAUGUCCGUGUUCAUGCAGGUGAGAAACCAUACCAAUGUGAUAUCUGUAGCAAAGCAUUCUCACAUAAAUGUAAAUUAAUAUACCAUAUGCGUAUUCACACAGGUGAAAAACCAUAUUGCUGUGAUACCUGUGGUAAAACAUUCUCACAAAAGGGUAAAUUAAUUAAUCAUAAACGUAUUCACACAGGUGAGAAGCCAUACCAUUGUGAUAUUUGUGGUAAAACAUUUUCUGAAAGGGGAACACUAACUGGUCAUAUUCGUAUUCAUACAGGUGAAAAACCAUUCCACUGUGAUAUUUGUGGUAAAUCAUUCUCUGAGAACUGUAUUUUAACUUCUCACAAAUGUAAUCACACAGGGGAGAAGCCAUAUCUUUGUGAUAAUUGUGGGAAAACAUUCUCACAUAAGUGUAAAUUACUUUAUCAUAAUCGUAUUCACACAGGAGAGAAGCCAUACCAUUGUGGCCUCUGCGGGAAAACAUUUUCUGAGAGUGGUGCAUUAGCUCGUCAUAAACGUAUUCAUACAGGUGAGAGACCAUAUCACUGUAACAUAUGUGGUAAAGGAUUUACGCGCAAUAUACAUUUGACUAAUCACAAAAGCAGUCAUUCUGUUGAGAAACCAUAUCUUUGUGUGACUUGUGGUAAAACAUUCUCUCACAGGUUUAAAUUAACUUAUCAUACACGUAUUCACACAGGAGAGAAACCAUACCACUGUGAUAUUUGUGGAAGAGCCUUCUCAAAAAGUGGAGCAUUAUCGUAUCACAAACGUACUCACACAGGUGAGAAACCAUACGUCUGUGAUACUUGUAAUAAAGCAUUUUCUCGGAAUACACAUUUGACUCAACAUAAGCGUACCCACACAGGUGAAAAACCAUAUCAUUGUGAUAUCUGCAAUAAAACAUUUACUCGGAGUGCACAUUUGACUUACCACAAACGUUCUCACACAGGUGAGAAACCAUACAGGUGUGAUGUUUGUGGUAAAGCAUUUGCUAAAAGCGGAACAUUGAGUCAUCAUAAAUAUAUUCAUUCAAGUGAGAAACCAUAUCAGUGUGAUACCUGUGGCAAAACAUUUUCACAUAUGUGUAAAUUAAAAUAUCAUAAGCAUGUUCACACAGGUGAGAAACCUUACCACUGUGAGACUUGUGACAAAACAUUUUCACACAAGUGUAAGCUGACUCAUCAUAAACAUAUUCAUACAAAUAUAAAACCAUUCCGUUGUGACAAAUGUGGUAAAGACUUUUCUCAGAGUACAUAUUUGAAUGAUCAUAAACGUACUCACACUAGUGAAAAACCAUAUCAUUGUGAUGUCUGUGGCAAAACAUUCAGACAAAGUAGUGCAUUAACUUCUCAUGUACGUACACACACAGGUGAGAAACCAUACCACUGUGAUAUCUGUGCUAAAACAUUUGCAGAGAAAGGUGCAUUAUCUUCCCAUAAACGUAUUCAUACAGGCGAGAAGCCAUACCAUUGCGAUAUCUGUGGUAAAUCAUUUACUCAGAAAGCAAGUUUAAUUCAUCACAAACCUACUCACACAGGUGAAAAGCCAUAUAAAUGUAGUGUCUGUGAUAGAGCGUUUACACAGAGUGGUUCUUUAACUGCACAUAAACGUAUUCAUACAGGUGAGAAGCCAUACCAUUGUGAUAUUUGUGGUAAAGCGUUUCCGCAUAUGAGAACAUUAACUUCUCACAAACAUAUUCACACAGGAGAGAAACCAUACCGCUGUGAGAUUUGUGGUAAAACAUUCUCUGAAAGUGGAACGCUAACUCGUCAUAAACGUAUUCAUACAGGUGAGAAACCAUAUCUCUGUGACACCUGUGGAAAAGCAUUUACACGCAGUGUACAUUUGACUCGUCACAAACGCACUCAUACAGGUGAAGAACCAUACCACUGUGAUAUUUGUGGUAAAACCUUUUCACAAAGUAGUACAUUAACUUCUCACGUACGUAUACAUACAGGUGAGAAGCCAUAUCACUGUGAUGUCUGUGGUAAGACCUUUUCCAAGAACUGUAAUGUAACUCGUCAUAAACAUAUUCACACAGGUGAAAAACCUUACCAUUGUGAUAUUUGUGGCAAAGCUUUUUCUCUCAGGUGUAACUUAACUUAUCAUAAACACACACAUACUGGUGAGAAACCGUACCAUUGCAAUGUCUGUGAUAAAACAUUCUCACAUAUGUGUAAAUUAACUUACCAUAAAUAUAUUCACUCAGGUGAGAGACCUUACCACUGUGAUAUCUGUGGUAAAACAUUUUCUCAGAGUACAUAUUUGAAUUAUCAUAAACAAACCCACACUGGUGAAAACCAUAUCAUUGUGAUGUCUGUGGUAAAAAAUUCACAAAGAGUAGUUCAUUAACAUCUCAUAUACGUAUUCACACA